AAUUAUGCUCAAUCUGCCUUUUUCCCCAAAACCACAAGAGGGCUGUCUUGCAAUAUGACCAUAUACCUCAGAGUAAAAGAAGAAAACAUGAUGGAGAAACAUGACAACAUGCCGUUAGCUCUUCACGAUAAAUAAGCUUAUACCGGCGUGUACACACUUAUUUUAGAGGCGAAAUGCCUCGUUACGCACAACUAGUGAUAGGACCUGCGGGAAGCGGCAAGAGCACGUACUGUUCCACUUUAGUACAACAUGCCGAGGCUAUAAACCGCUCCGUGCAGGUGGUCAACCUGGAUCCAGCUGCGGAGCACUUUGACUAUCCAGUGAUGGCAGACAUUCGUGAGUUGAUUCAGGUGGACGAUGUGAUGGAAGAUGAUUCUCUCAGAUUUGGUCCUAAUGGAGGCUUGGUCUUCUGCAUGGAGUAUUUCGCUAACAACUUUGACUGGCUGGAGGAGACUCUGGGUCAUGUGGAGGAUGACUACAUACUCUUUGACUGUCCAGGUCAGAUUGAACUUUAUACACACCUCCCUGUAAUGAAACAGCUAGUUGACCAGCUGCAGCAAUGGGAAUUCCGAGUAUGUGGCGUCUUUCUGGUGGACUCUCAGUUCAUGGUUGAGUCUUUCAAGUUUCUCUCUGGCGUCAUGGCAGCUCUGAGUGCUAUGGUUUCCCUUGAGAUCCCUCAGGUAAACAUCAUGACCAAAAUGGAUCUACUCAGUCCAAAAGCAAAGAAAGAGAUUGAAAAGUAUCUAGAUCCAGACAUGUAUUCAAUGAUGGAAGACAAUUCAGACUCGAUCAGAAGUAAGAAGUUUAAGAAGCUUACGCAGGCCAUCUGUGGGCUUAUCGAUGACUACAGCUUGGUAAGGUUCUUGCCCUUCGAUAGAACAGAUGAGGAGGGCAUAAACAUUGUGCUGCAACAUAUAGACUUUUCUAUUCAGUAUGGUGAAGACUUGGAGGUCAAAGAGCCUAAGGACUUGGAUGAAGAAGAGUUGAAUUAUGAUGAAAUUUUUGAAGGCAAACUUGACAGCUGAGGAGACAUGAAAGUGUACCGAGAUUGCACACAUAUUUCACAGGACUGACAAUACAAGAGCAGAUUAUUUCAUGUACUGGACAUUUUAUAUCAUGAAUUGCAAUGAUUGUCUUUUAAGUUACUUAGUACUUGGUUUACAUUGUUUUAUUUUAAAUAUAAAGGUAUUUUUAAAUAAAAGAAAGUAAGGCAAAACA